AAUUCAUUUUUCGUAUUCUAUGAAGAUUCUCAAGAUUAACCGAUUAUGUAUUAAUCGAAACAUUUCUUAUUCCACGACCUCUUGAAAGCUAUGUGUAUUAUGUGUUUAUUAUAUCAAUCCUUCAUUGCGCUACGCAUGAACUUGCCGAGAGAUACGACCGCAUGAUCAAUUGCCAAUGUCCUUCUUAUUGUCAGUAUGAAGAGAUCACUCAAAACAGUAAGAUCGCGAUUAAGUUUAUAUUUAAAUUUAAUUCUCGUGAUUCGAAAUAGUGUUAGCAAUACUAUUGUUACAAAGUGUUAUUUGUUAACAAUUUUCAUAAAUAAAAAUACUUUAAACGGAAAUUAGUAUGGCAUUGAGAAAUAUUUCAUUAAAUAUCAAAUUAUUAUUUAUCGUGAUAAUAUUUUUCUCUAUUCCUCAAUUCAUAAAUAGUGAUUCUGAAGUUAAUUACCAUUCAUUGAAUUAUACUGGUUUAGUACCAUUGCAUUAUGAUGUCAAAAUAGAACUUGACUUCGAAAGAAAUAUUCUUUUCGGUGAAUGCAAUAUAACCAUUAAUAUUACACGUCAAAUAACAAAUAUAAGUAUACCUUCAAAAAAUUUCGGUAUACUUAAAAUUGAUGUGAUUAACAACGAUGAUAGUCAGAUGAUUAUAGUGCCGGACUAUUCAUUUAUCGAUGAAACGCACAUUUAUAUUGAUUUCACCAAUUCGCCAAUAAAUGUUUUAUUUCCUGGAACGUAUAUCUUAGAGAUAAUAUAUGUCUGCAGCAUAUUCGAUGACGACAUAUUUCUCGAAUCUUACAAAGAAGAAAUAGGGGAAAAACAAUUAAUAGAAACAGGUGUUGAGCUAAUGAGAGCCCAACAAAUAUUUCCAUGUUGGAACGAAUCAGCGUUCGAGACCACCUUCACAGUUUCUAUAAAGCAUGAUAAAACGUACACAGCCCUAUCAAAUAUGAUUAUAAAUAUGAAAGAAUAUGAUAAUGAAAAUAACAUGAUGUGGACACAUUUUGUCAAAUCGCCUUUUAUGUCCAUUGGACAUUUAACGAUUGUGAUAACCAGCUUGCAUUACAUUCCUAGUUUUAAUACAAGUAUCAAAAUUUGGAAUAACGUUUCCAUGUCACACAAUAUAUUAUAUGUACAAAAAAUUCUUUUCCAUGUCAUGAAUAUUUUACAAUCGAAGACUUGGGCAAAAAUAUCAAAAAUAGAUUACGUUGUAAUUUGGGAUGUCCAACAAUUCAAUAACAUUGAAACAUGGGGAUUCAUUAUACAAAGAGGAGAAGAUAUUACUGUUGAUGAGGAAUUAGAUUCUAUUUCAUACAAAAUUGAAGUGGCUAGCUUAGUGACGCGCCAAAUAAUAUCUGUUUGGUACUAUGAUCUGUUAUGGCCGAUAGAAGGUUUCACUACAUAUCUUACAGCGUACAUCUUGAGAAAGAUUCCGUUGCUAUCUGACAUAUAUAAUUUAUUUAUUGUCCAAGUACAACAGGAAUCUUUUCGUUUUGAUAUUCCAUCGUAUACAAACACUACACUAAACAACAAUAAUGACUUAAGUGUUGAAACAAAUAAGGCUUUUCUUAAUUAUAUCAAACCACCCAUUUUAUGGCAUAUAUUACAACGUUUUCUAAAUAGAGAAGCGCUAUUUUGGAAAAAUAUCGGCACGUAUUGUUAUAAAUAUAAUCAGUCGGUAAAGACCGAUGAUUUAUGGCACAUUAUGCAAACUAAUUUAAAUCAGACUAAUUCUCCACAAUACAUUGAUGUAAAAAAGUAUAUCGAUAUUUGGACGAAAACAAAUUAUUAUCCUGUAAUAUACGCAGAACGAAAUAAUAAGAAUAAUACAAUGUUAUUCACAUAUCUAAGUUCUGAUUUUGAUGACAAAGACGUGGAACAACAACUUCCCGUAUUAGUAACAUUUAAGGCAAAAUUGUUCGGGCAAACACAUAAGAGAGCAUUUUGGCUAUUACCGCAAAAAACAAGUAUUAUUGGAGGACUUGAGAAAUAUGGUUGUGUCAUAGUCAAUGUAGAACAAAGUGGAUAUUAUCGUGUUAAUUAUGAUUCUGAAAGCUGGCUUAAACUUGGGCAGUGCUUAAUCUCUGAGAACUAUAAAGUACAUGCUCUCAAUCAGGCCCAAAUCAUAGAUGAUGCGUUUUACUUUCUCACAAAUAGACAACUCAGUAUUACCACGUUUUGGAAUCUUGCAAGAUUUCUAUCAAAUAACACGAAUUAUAUAGUAUGGUAUCCUAUGAUUAAAGCUUUUGAAUACAUGGUUUGUGUCUUUUCUUUAGAUACUAUGGACGUAACGCUAAAUAUGAUAAACAUAUUGAAUAAAACUCUGCAAGUAAUAGGAUACAAUGAAAACCCGGACGAAAGCACUUUUACUAAAUGUUUAAGAGAGGAAGUCGCAAAAUGGGCAUGUAUUCUCGAUGUUGCAGAAUGCAGAAAAGCAGCCACUUUACAACUAAUAAAAGAUCUUCAAAGUCCUGUACAAGACAAUCGUGUCGCAUGGAAAGAAUGGAAAUAUUGUAGUGGUUUGAUGUCAGCAAACUACACCAUUUGGAACCAUACGUUUCAAAGAUGGGAGACGACAUCUGAUAACAGAAUUUUAGAUUAUUUGACUUGCUGUAAAGAUCCUUUUAUUGUAACCACUUUUUUGAAUCAAAUAAUAGGACUGACAUCUAUUAUCAAAGAACAAAACAUGCGUGUUAAUAUAGUUCUUCUUACUAUUGCAAAGCAUGUAAAGAACCAUUUAGUGCUUGAUUUUCUAUUGAGACGUUUAGAAAGCAAUCAAUUCAAUUUGUGUGGAAAUAGGGAUGUUGAUUUAAUUGUAACAUUAAUUGUUAUUAUUACAAAUAUACAUGUCGUAGAACAAUUAGAGAAGAUAAAUAAUUUUGCGACAUAUCUGGAAGACGGGCGAUUUUUUGAUGUUGUUAAAAAGCAAACUAAGAAACGAAGAGUCGAGUAUUCAAGACAAAACAAAAUGUAUGGGUCCCUCAUGAUAAGAUAAAAGAAAUCCACGUUCAAAAUGUAGGAAUGUAGAAAUAGAAUAAAAAUAAUACAAAUUAUUAUUUUCAAAGAA